CUUGAAUGCACUAACAAUGAGCUGAUCUUAAUACAUAACCAAAAACACAAAAAAAAAUGGCAACAACAACAACAGCAUUGUUACCAAACCAAGAACAACCUCAACAAGUGCAAAAUGAAAUGCCAUACCCACAAUCUGUACCAAGCAAUAAUGCAUGGCAUGACAACAAUAACAAUAACAAUAACAACAACAACAACAAAGGAUCAAUAGGUCCAUUUUUCGCGGUUAUUUCAGUAUUGGCUGUUCUUGCAAUAAUUUCAUGUGUUUUGGGUCGAUUUUGGAUUGGGAAGGAAGAGACUCCUCUAGAGAGUAUCAAUCACAGGGGAUCAUGUUACGGGUGGCUUAAACGACGGUGUCGUCGUCCUUUUGCUACGGGUGCUGAAGUUGGAGGAGUAAGAAGAGGGAAAGUAGCUGCUGUUAUUGCUCCUCCUCUUGCUGAUGAGAGAGGCCAUGAUGCCAAUUAGGAAUGUGAUAUAUGGAUGAAUUUAGAUACUUUUAGUUUAGACUUUAGGUAGUUACAUUACAUCAGUCUGAAAUUAAUACAGUAGUUGCUUUACUUGUGUAACUUCAACUAGUAAUGUGUAUGUUGUUACUUUCUUUUUUUUCCAUUUGGUAUUUUAUUUGCUGAACUUGGGUCGAGGGUACUACUCUUGGGCACAAAAAAAAAAAAGGGUACUACUCUUGGGGACCUUAUUUUCUGAUCUUGCUGAUAUGCAUUGCUUGAUUUAGGACAGUGCAAGUGCAAGUUUCUAAUUUGAUUUCAUUAUGGUGUAGCCUUGUUGUAUAUGUGAAUUUAAUGAGCACUUGAAGAUUAGAUCGGAUCUGAAGAUAGGGUGGCUUAUUUGUAAUUUUAUGUGUGGUCAACUAUGUAUUUACACACUACACUGGUGGUGAAAA